AUGCUCGUCCUCAACCACAAACUCAUCCUCCUGGCCUUCUUGGUGCUUGCGCUCUUUUUGACCGCUGCCGACUCGGUCAACGCCAAGAAGCAGUGCCGCGCCAAGCACCACCACAAACAACACCACAAGCACGCUUCCUCCUCCACCUCGUCUAGUGCUCCCAAAUCAACCCCUCAGAACGAAGCUGCCUCGCCAUCGGGCUCCAGCUCCAGCUCGAGCUCUUCGUCUAGCUCUGGAUCUACUUCUGGCUCGUCCAGCUCCGGCUCUUCGUCUUCGUCUUCCUCUUCCUCGGGCUCGUCGUCCGGCUCUUCUUCGUCGUCUUCGUCGUCUUCCUCGUCGUCGGGAAGCACCAUCUCCAUCUCUGGUUUCACGCCUCCCAAGGGCAAGGCAGGUGUCGCUGGCGGCAACUCGCUCAAGUGGAUCAGCAAAUCGCUCGGAUGGUACUACGAUUGGACUCCCAACCCGAACAACCCCAAUGGCGACGACAUUCUCGCCGUGCCCAUGCUCUGGGGCCUUGGCCGCGUCAACCACGACGACGACUGGGCGCGCUUCGAGGCAUUCAAGAAGCUCAAGCCCGGCUCCGCACCCUUCGUAAUGGGCUUCAACGAGCCCGAUUUCUCGGGUUCUGGUUCCUCCGGUGUGAUCUCCACUUCUGAUGCCGCUGCCGCCUGGGAGCAGUACCUCGCGCCUCACAAGCAAGCCGGUGCCAAACUCAUCUCGCCCAGCAUGGCCAUGCAGAAGGACGAAACUUGGCUCGCUCCGUUCCUCAAAGCCAUCAAGACGCAGCCCGACAUUAUCGCCGUGCACAUCUUCCAGGACAACAUGGACGGCGUCAAGGGCGUCCUCGACCACUUCGCCCAGUACGGCAAGCCCAUGUGGAUCACCGAGUUUGCCUGCAUCAACUACCAGGGCCCCUCGCCCGUGUACUGCGAUCAGAACAAGGUCGACUCGAUGCUCAACCAGAUGGUGCAGCUCUUUGAGUCGGACUCGCGCGUCGCUGCCUACUCGGUCUCGGAUGCCAACAACGGUCCGUAUGGUGAUCUGACGCCCAACCAGGCGGGUCAGACCCUGAGUGCCACGGGCAAGUCGUACCUCGCUUCGGUGCAGCAGGCUAGCCAGCGUCGCCGUCGUCGUGGUCUGGUCCCUGUUCGCAGGUGA